UUCAGUUUUCAGUCAAGAGAUCAGGAGAUGGGAGAAGAAGCAUAUAUAAACUGUUAAGAAUACAUGUAGAGAUCAUAGAUGACACUGGAGGCAGUAAGCAUCAAGACAGUUAUCCAAGGGACAUCAAUUUGAUCAAACCAGUAAACAUCAGAAUAUACUUUUUGACAGAAGUGAAACCAUUCAGCAUUCAGAAACUCAUCCUCAAGUAAUUAAUUACUAGGACAGGAGCCAAUGAGUAUACAGAUAUAUAGACCCAAAGGUUAGUGAUUGAGACAGAAUUAGAGAAAUAAUUUCAAGAUAGCUGUUGAUGGGAGUGGCUGCAGUAAGCAUUCAGAAACACAUCCAGCUGUUAUUGACAGUUUUGAUAGCAGUAAAAAUAUACGGUAAUGCAUCCAGAGACUACUUCAAAAGAAACGAAUAUAAACUUAAGACCGCUCUCUUCUUCGUUUACAUCAGCAAUAUCAUUAGAUCUCCCCUCAGUGGAUUCAGAAGGACCUAGCAAAUCCGGAACCUAUACUACUUCCUCCUCCAAACCAGAAUUGGAUGCUCAAUCGGCACCAAAACAUGUUUCCAGUACUGGCAACUCUUCAAGAUCAAAAGAACUUGACAAUGGGUCUCCAGUUCCCUCUUCGACAUCUCCAGCUUCUCAGGUAACCCAUGAAUCAUCGGUAUAUGAUUUGCCAUCAACACAAUCCCCUCCACUCCAAGUGAUGGACCGUUCAGGAGGAUAUGAUCCUCUUAGAAUCCCAUCAACUGUGUUUGAAAGAAAAUCCUCAACACCCCUGGAUUGGAGUGCUGCUUCUAAUGAGUCGCUGUUUAGCCUUCACAUAGGCAAUAACAGUUUCUCAAAAGACCAUGUUUUUAUGUUGGGAGGAGAAGUGUUGAAGUCUGGAGAACUUUCCAAGUCAGGUGAAUUUGUUACGUUUAGCCCAAUAUCUCCUGCUCCAGUGGAGGAAACUGAGGGAAAGAGUCUAGAAUUGGAGAAGAGUGAAGAAAUUGGAGAGUCAGAUGACAGCAUCAAGGUUUCAACAAUAGAUACCGCAGUAGAUCAAAGUAUGGAAAAGGGACCACCUGCCAAAGGAGCGCGGAGUUCUUUUAAUUUCUCCACCCAUUCAAAUGAGAGUGCUCGCUCAUUUGCUUUUCCAAUUUUAACAGAGGGACCAGGAGGCAGUUCUGCUAAACCAGAGGUUGAGAAGAACCCAAACAAGCAGCUGGCUGAUAAAAUAGCUUCAACAUCUUCUGCCUGCUGCUGUGUCACUUGCUCCUCUUGUCAUCCAUGUUGCUUCAGUUCUCGUUUUUUGCAUUGCUGUUGAAAGAGUAUGUGCAACUGAAUCCUUAAACCUCCUUCUCCUUCUGCCUGUUGAAAAUGCCAAUCUGAACCUCUCUUUAGCCUUACCAAUCACCACAUGUUGAGCCUAAGUGCAAGGGCUCACACGUAGAAUUGAUCGUUUAUCUCAAAUAAAUCAAAGCAAGACAAUUUGAAUGUAGCAGUUAGUGGUUUAUAGGUUGGCUGUUUUUGGUGCACAGAUGAACUUAAUUUUAUUUCAUGGGAAUAAUCUUCCAUGCGAUGUUGGGGUUUUGAAUUUUCG